CCUCAUUCAGUGACUGUCAUCAUGGAGGAAAGCGGGCGACUGUGAAGAGGAAAAAACGCUGCACUCCCGCCGCCUCCGUUUAGCCUUCUUAUUGUUCCCAAUCGGUAAUCGCUCAACUGAAGCAGCACCGGAGACACCUGAGGGGUGACAGCGGCCGAGAUGAAGCAUUUCCUGAGAGUCGUGACCCAGUUCUUUGUGUUCCUCUACUGUAAGUGUCUUUGGCGGAGCCUGAAGUUUGUUGUCAGGAAGUUCACAGGACGCUGCGAGCUUCAGCGAAUCUGCUACAACAACAAGCAUGGAGCCCGCAGGACCCUCAAGAUAGAGUCGUCUCUGAGGUACUCCAAGAAUGAGCUGCUGCAGUCUGCCCUCAGCGUCCAUCCUGACAAAGUAGAGAAAACCAUUGACGACAUCAUGGCCUUGAAGAAAAUUAACCCUGACACCAACCCACAGCUUGGCAUCUCUCUGCAGGCCAGCCUGCUUCAGAUUGUGGGCUACAGGAGCCUGGUGGCGGAGGUGGAGAAGCUUCGCAGGGAGCCUUAUGACUGCGAAAAUCCUGAGCAUGAGGAAAUGCUGAUGAAGCUAUGGAAGGAGCUGCGUCCUGACACACCUCUCACGGGCCGCAUUUCCAAACAGUGGUGUGAGAUUGGUUUCCAGGGCAGCGAUCCAAAGACUGAUUUCAGGGGCAUGGGACUGCUGGGCCUGCACAACCUGCUGUAUUUUGCAGAACAUGACAAGGCCACCGCUCUGCAGAUGCUCCACGACUCCCUGCAACCAAAGCACAAGAGCACACACAGAAAGCCAAGUGAGGUAAACAAGCCUGAAUGGGAACAGAAGAACCUUGACAAAGCAAUUGGGUAUUCUUUUGCCAUUGUGGGCAUUAACAUCACAGACCUGGCCUACUCCCUGUUGGUCAGUGGCGCUCUGAAGACCCAUCUGUACAACGUGGCUCCAGAGAUGCCAAGCCUGCUGCACUUCCAGCAGACCUUCUGUUAUCUAAUGCAGGAAUUCCACCGCUUCUGGAUUGAGGAGGAUCCCAGCGACAUCAUGGAGUUCAACCGAAUCCGCUCCAAGUUCCAUCGGAGGAUCCUGCGACAGCUGAAGAACCCAGACAUGGCUCUAUGCCCCCACUUCUCCGCCUCCGACCUCCACCUCGUCAACCUCUAAACACCCGUUGGUCCUGUGUCUUCCCCACCAUCACCCUCACUGAGCCCUUCAUAUCCCCACAGAGGUCUCCCUUGGAUGUCCGGUAGGCCAUCGAAAAAUCAGAAGCCUCACACUCACAGAGAUGGCUCCUCAAACUGCUGGACGCAUCUGGGGAGGUUCUGUUCCAUGUCUGCUCCGCCCAACAUGUCCCAGCUAACAUCAUGUCGCAUCACUGCCAACAGCUCACUCUCAGCCCCCCCAUACACACACACACACACACACACACACACACACACACACACACACACACACACACACACAUACACACACACACACACACACACACACACACACACACACACACACACUUUUGCCCACACAGUGUAAACAGAUUUUUGACCCCAAAACAUAAGUAAAGGAAAUGCACACACAGACACACUGCCUAUCUGCCCUCACUGCAGCGUUAUACCACCAGCAUCAGAGAUGACCAUAGCGAUUGUAGCUGUGCAUGAGGAGGCUGGCAUCACACCAUCACUACACUCAUUGUUGUUGCUUUAAUGACUCAUAACGAUUGUAUUACAGCCGUUACACCUCAGUUAUGAACCCUCUUUGCUUACUUUAAUAGCAAACCAAAUUUACUUAGAUAAAAAUAGCCUUUAGUUUGUGAUGUAUUGAUCACUAGUUUGGAAUAUUUUGGCAGUUAGCUCACUGACUAUCAGACAUGAAGACAUAAAAGGUGCGAUUUGUGGGGCAGGGAGUGUUCUUGGUCUUUUCUUUUUUUUUUUAGGUGUGUGUGAGAAAAUAAUUAAGGAACCACAGUGGGAAUGAAUUUCAACUAAACAAGUCUGGGAGCUGCUGAAUUUGCAAAAAGCAUUUUAAUCUCUUUUUAAAUUAAAUUUGCACAAUAUAUUUUCAGUGUCAUGUUUUCCUCUUGUGGGCACAGAGGAUGCAAUCAAACAUAAUACAAAAGUUUACUGCAGCUUUAUAUGUCAGAAUUGAACCUGCCUUUUGGACGUAUCACAUAUUUUAUAUCAAGUUAAUUCGGAGCGAGACUCCCACAAGGUAUCUUCUGUUGCAGGAGUGCUGACAGUCAAAGUCGAUUUCUGACUAUUUCAAGUUGUAUUCAUGAAAUGACUUUGCAGUGGAGAUAAAUUCUGCUUCAACUGGGGAUAAAAAUAAUUCAGCAGAAGCAAGAAUAUGUAGACCACAGGAGAAAAAUCCCCCUCAUCAAAUCGCACCCAGGAUAUACACACAUAUAUAAUCUAAGUUUAAGAAAAAUGUUGCCAGUGCUGAUUCAAUCAAACCAUAAAGGGCCACUUCACUUCUUAACUUUGUAUUAAGAACUGCCACAGAUUGUGAUGCACUUUUUGUGUCAAAGGGACAUCAACACCUGAGAUUUCUCCUUGCCAAUCUAUCGAAUGUGGAGAACUUCAACAAUUACAGCAGCAGUUUACUUAAAUUUCAGUUUUGCAAACCUGCUAAAUCAUGUUUAUAAAUAUGCUCAAAAACAUACUCGGAGUGUGGCAUUUGGCAGCACUGCUCGCAGUUUGGAGAGUAGAAAUCUAAAAACCCUCUUGCAGAGGAAAUGUAUGUUACAGGUUUGGAAAAAAGCUUUUUGCCUUUGAUUUGACAUCAUGCAGAGAUUCAGUUAUGAAUGUUUUUCACAUCCACGAUUGUUUGAUUCUUUUUGUAUUCACUGAAUGUGACGCUGUGUCCACUGUUGUAUCAGCCAAAGCAAUAAUUUUCACUCAUUUCACUGCACAUUUCUUUAAAAAUGUGUUUAUUUGCACCGCGCGUGCCUGAGUAUUGUUUAACUUUCUGACUCAGAGCUGGAAUGCUAAUCAAUUUAUAACAGCUGCAUGCAGAGCUGAAUGGAGGUGAAAUGUCACCACAUUAGUUUUGGGACAUUAGUAUAAUUAUGGUGAACAAAAGUUUCCUCAGCUAUGGCAGCAGUUGUGCUGCACUUAACAAUGCUGGACUUUGGCAGGACAUUUAAAUGUUGCUCCAUAGGGAGUUAAUUGACUGCUGCUAAAACAGAGGGCUGACAGUGAAAGUUUAAAAUGCUAAAAGAUGGAGGUGUUUGACCUGCCAGUCAAUGCACCACCUGCAGAGCUCUUACUGUCACACUGACCAAAUUUUUUUCUUUCCUUCCUGUCACCAUUAGCUUCUUACUGAGGGCAGCAGGCAGGUAUCUUAUUUAAUUUUUCUUAAGGAAAAAGUAUAUAAUAUUUUAAGUGUGUUUAAGAUUUUUUUCAAGAAUGACCUUACCAAGAAACAAUGAGAAAUACACUUACCGGACACAUCAUUAGGUAUACCCGUUCUACUCCUCGUUAAUGCAAAUAUCAUAUGGCAGCAGCUCAGUGUAUUUAGGCAUGUAGGCAUAGCCAAGACGACCUGCUGAAGUUCAAACCAAACAUCAGAAUGUGUCUACAGACGUAGUAUGGCUGUUGUUACCAGAUGAACUGGUCUGAGCUUUUCAGAAAUUGCUCAUCUACUGGGAUUUUCCCGCACAACCAUCCUUAGGGUUUAUGACUGCAGGAUAACGUGUUGCAGAGCUCAAAUGAUCUCAAACUGCAUUUCUGAACAUGACAGUGAGUCCAUUGUACUCAAAUGUCUUCCACAGUCACCAGAUCUCAAUCCAGUAUAUCAAGUUUGGGAUGGUUGGUGUAAAGUGGCUGGUGGGUGUACACAAAUUAGAAAUCAGCAGAAUUGCGGUUAAAUAUUUGGAUUACAUUUCUCUGUUUUAUUGCUGAUCCGUGAACAGAUGGCAACAUAACUUAGAAAGAAAACUUUCCUGCUCCUCACAGGUUGUGCUCUGAUUUCUGCGUAAAACGCUGAGACCGAUUUGUCCCGGAAAAGCCAAAGGAUGACCUUGAUGCUCGCUCCAGAGUGCCUUCCCUCACCACAUAUUGAUCUCUCUCAGUGACACAAACUAGCUAAGAAAUGGGGUCCAUUAAUCCCUAACAACAAUAAACGAUCCAUAUAAUCCUGGAACUUCCAGCACAGACUCACACACAAAGUACCAAAACCAAAAGCUGAUCCAGAUAGUACUUAGAUACAACUUUAGUGAUCAAGCAAGCAAAGGUUAGCCAGCUAGCAGCUACAUUAGGUGUAGCAGCCAUCUUGGCAACACUGGUUAUUAUGCUGUAAUUUUGAACAAAUAUUUAAAUAAACUUCACUUAAAUGUGCACUGGGACAUUCAAACUAUAUGUAUAGAAUCACCAGUCAAAUCUAACCCAAAUAAGGUUUUGACAGCUUACACUUCUACCACAGCUGCUGUUGCAGAACUUUACCAUAGAAUUCAAUUAAUUUUUCUUUAAGUUCUCUCAAUUAUAGUGUCUCAGACUUUAGUAGGGAAAUUAACAACCUCUGGCGAAUGUUCAGCACGGUGCUACGGCUGGUUGGUUUUGAACCUAUUUCAAUACACAGAAGCAAUUCUUCAUCACUAUUUGCUCUGAUUCAACUGUCCAUUAAUUCACAAAAACAGGAAAAAUAAACAACGGUCUAAACAAUAAAAACAUAACUUGGUACAGGAAAUGUUUUCUCUGAUUUCCUCUCUUGAUAAUUACCACGUGGACCCAGCAGAGCCACUGCAGCUGCCUUAUUUGUCACACAGAUGUUACCUGAGGUCCCUUUAUCGACACAGACUCGAGUAACAUCCAGCUCAUCGUCUCCGGAGCAGCAGUUUGAUUUUUAUCUCAGCUCUGAGUCACACUCUCAGUUUUCACCAAAUGCUUCGAGCCCACAUCGUUUCUGGAACAUGCGAACACUGUAUUUAACAUUCAUUCACAUCACAUGUGAUGCUUUGACAAAUGUUCUUAUCACAUAACUUUAACAAAUAUAACAUGAGCGUUAAAUUUACAGCCAUGCUUGCACUGUUGAUUGUGUUAAAUAGUGUUGAAUACCUUUGUUCCUUUUGAAGUGAAUGUCAAAAGCUUUUUGUCAGUAUUACGCAGCUGAUUUCUUUAUUGAAUGUCAGUGCUAAUUUCAUCUCCUGCUUGCAUUUGCUUUGCUUUACUGUGGUCGGCUUUGCACUAUAGUAAAAAUAGAAAUGCAGUUUUCUUUACGCUAAUAAAUCAAUAAUUUGUGGUGUAGAUGAAGUUAGAUACAAGCUGCUGUAUAUUCAGCUUUGAAACUGCCUAAGAGACCUCGAUCUGCAUGAUACUUUCACGGUCACUGCUUUGACACUGUGUAUUCUUCAGUAAAGUACUUCUGGAUAUUGUAACGUGCUUCAUUUGUCUGUGCUGUACUUUUUUGAGACCACAAUAAAAAUUAAAUGUCAGUUAAUGGUGCA